AUGAGUGGAGGGCAGUAUGUAACCUACGUUCAAGAUCUUGAACAAGAACCUUUUGAUGCAAUUGAUCUAGUCGAAAAACUAGCAUGGAGAAUGACUGGAAGUGCCCAAACGAUCAAUGACCCAGUCUCAUUGAAAACACGAUUCGAGGAGGAAAUCGGCAGUUUACAGAUGCUAUGUGACCAGUUUCAAAGUAAAAUCGAUACGCUGGAGAAGCAAAUGAACGAAGAAAAAAAAGAAUACGUUCAGAAGCUUCAACGUCUUCAUGAGAAAAAUUCAGAAGCGAUUGACAAAAUGAAGCAAUUGGAUCAUACGAUGCAAUCAGUUUCCACAAAAGUUGUUCAUCUGGGAGAUCAAUUGGAAUCUGUGGACCAACCACGUUCUCGUGCUCAUGACGCUUAUCAAUUGAUGCAACAUUUCGAUGAAUUCCUUUCGGAUCAGCCACUCAACUCGAUGAUUUUCACUGAUCCUGAUAAACUUCUAGAAUCAGCGGAUCUAGUUCAUAAGCUAUAUUCAAUUUCACAAGAACUCAAUAAGGAUAAAUUUUCGACUGUUCAAGCAAGAAUCGCCCAGAGAUACAAAGUAGUCGAAGAUCUUCUUAUCGAAGAAUUCGUCCGAUCGCAAAGAGAUGAAAAGAAGAUGGCGGAAGUUGCAAAGAUUUUGAGUGAAUUCAAAGGAUACUCUGGUUGUGUUGAUCGCUACGUGGAGUUCCUCUGUCAGUCGAUUCAUCCCCGUGGUGAUGGUGGAGAGAUUCUUGCCGAUUGUCUUCAAUUAUGCCGUACUCAACAGCCACGAAUCUCAGCUAUUUUCCCUUCUCCACAUACGGUAAUGCAGAAGUUGGUGCUCAAUUUGUUUACCGGACGAAUGAAAGAAACAAUUAAUGCACGUCUUCGAGAGUGUAAAGAAACCGAAGACCAUGAACAUUAUCUUCGAGAUUUGGCAUCUCUUUAUUCGAGUACACUGAAAAUGUGCAAAGAGUUGGAAAAACUUCACAUCAGUCCGGAUAGUGCAUUUUUGUCAACACUUACUGAUUCAAUUUUCCAACGAUAUAUUGCAACUUAUUGCACAGAAGAACUGAAGUAUUUGAAUGAUCAAUGCUCGAGUCUACUUCAACGAUUUUACGAAUCGAAAAAACAUGUCAAAAAACAAAUCGGAGGAGGAUUACACGAGCUGAAAAGAGAUGUGGCUGCUCGAUUGAUGAAUGUUGAGACUUACGGAGGAGAGACUUUUGUGGCUGAAGAUGUAGCUAUUUCUAUUCUCCAGGAGACAAAGAAUGCAUUCAAUCGUGCCGUUCAGCUCUGCGACAAAGAAGAUCUACCUCGCCACGUGGAAAACAUUGUUGAUUGUCUUCUGAAAUAUUUGUACGGUGACCACCUGGACUACGCGGUGGAGACUGGUCUUGCUGGAAUCUCUCUCGCCGAAUCGAAAACUGAACCACCCGCAUAUUUCUUCUCUGUCGUUGCCAAGUGUACAAGCGUGAUUCUUUUGAUGAUCAAACAAUUCGAAGAUCCAAUUUUCCCGAUUAUCAAAGAUACGAUUGCUGAACCAUCCGUCGCAAAGAAGUGGCAACAAUCUCUUCGCUCACUGGAAUCCAAAAUGAGUUUAGGAUUGGAACGCCAAUUGAACAGCAUUGUUGGAUACGUGAAGUUUUUGUUCAGUGAACAAAAGAAGACUGAUUUCCGUCCAGAUUCUCAACAAAUCGACAUUCGAGUAUCUCCACAGUGUCAAUUGGCUUCUCGUUUUCUCGCCAGCCAAGUUGCAGCAAUGGAAUUAGGAUGUGAUGGAGAGAAUCUCGAAGCACUUCAAUCUGAUCUGGCUAAUCGUCUCUUUGUAUUCAUGCUCUCUCAUAUCAAACAAUUCACUUAUAACUCGACUGGAGCCGUUCUUCUUCUUUGUGAUGUUGGAGAAUUAAGAACUCUCAUAUCGAAAUGGAGAGUUCAACAAGCUCUUGCACAAUGGGAAAGUCUUCAAGCUCUCACUAAUCUCCUCGCUGUUCUCCCAGAUCAAGUGAAUGAAACAGCUCAUUCUUCUUCACUCGAGAACGUGGACCGACAACUAAUUCAUGAUUUCGUCCGACUUCGAACCGAUUUCCGUUCAAUUAAAAACUUCCAAAUUUAA